AUGAAUGAGUGUGUAGGUGCCAGUGGAGAAAGAUAUUUACAGUGCAAAAGUAAAGAGUUUAAGAGGCAGGCUCCCACAGGCAGGGCCACAUCCCCCAGGACCAAUGGCCACAGGGCAAGAGAUCCCCGCAUCUCCGAAAAGGUGCCACACCAUGUGCCAGAGACCAGGGGACAACCACCCCCACCAGCAGGGGACAACAAGUCCCACCCCAGAUCCCAAGGGCCCCAGGAGGGCCCGCCGAUGACCCUGCCGCCUUUCUGCCGCCACAGGCCCAGAAAGCCUCCUGAAAAGAAGGAAGAACCCACUCAACCGAAGGAGGAUGCGAAGCAAGCAGAGAAAAACAAAGAAGAGCCAAAAAAAGAAGAAGAGAACAAAAAAGAGGAGGAAAAGAAAGAACCUUCAAAAGAAAAGCCAGAGCCAGUUCCUGCCCCAGCAGCUCCAGUAGAUCCAGUCAGUCCAGAGGGAGCAGGAGGCGAAGACAAUGCCGCGUCACCUCCUACACCUCCAGUGGUCUACUCCCGUUACACGGAUGAAACUAUAAGAUGGUUGAUCAAGAUGAAGAGGGAGAAACAAGCAACGCUCAAAGAGAAAGUCGAUGAUCCAUAUGCCAGCUCUCCAGAAAUCAGCCCGCCUGUCACGCCUAUUCUGAAGAAGGACGAAUAUCACAGACUGAAGGAAGAAGAGCGGAUAGCGAAAGAAGAGGCGGAAAAGAAGAAGGCUGAGGAGGCAGCCAAAAAGGCUGAGGAGAAGAAAAAGAAGGAUGAGGAGAAAAGGCUGGAGGCGGAGAAAAAAGCAGAGGAGGAGAGAUUGGCGGAAGAGGUACGGAAGAAAAACAAGAUUCUCCCAGAUAUCAACUUUGCCUGGUUGGAUGUCCUUUUUCGACCGAUAGAAGAAAAGUUGGACACUGUCCUGGGAUCCACUAUAGAUCCCUUCACUGAUCGCCGUUACAUCGCUUGGAUGGCCGUCGUAGCGGUGGCGUACAACUACAAUCUUUGGUUCUGCUCAGCCCGCCUGGCUUUUCCCUACCAUAAUGACACGAUAAACCGAUACUGGAUCUUCUUGGACAUUCUGAGUGACGUGGUGAACGUCGUAGACAUCAUGGUUUGGCAGCCUCGGCUUCAGUUUGUCAAAGCUGGAGACAUUAUAAAAGACAGAGCCAUGACAAAAGAACAUUAUCGAAAAUCACCUCGUUUUAAGACUGAUCUAAUCUGCAUCCUCCCUUUUGACGUUCUCUGCCUACAUUUUCAAUUCUCCACCGUUUACAGACUCAACCGCUUCAUCAGGAUCGAGUCUUUCUUUGAAUUCAGUGAUCGACUUGAGAGCAUCAUGGCCAAAGCCUACAUUUGGAGAGUGGCUCGCACCACAGGCUACCUGCUCUACUGCCUCCAUCUUAACGCCUGUGCUUUCUAUGUUGCGUCUGUAAACCAGGGCCUUGGUACCACUACCUGGGUCUAUGACGGAAAUGGAACAGCGUACAUACGGUGUUACUACUUUGCCGUGCGCAGCCUGAUAAACAUCGGUGGGCUACCAGAGCCGACAACCACCUUUGAGAUCACGUUUCAGAUGACCAACUUUUUCAUUGGUGUCUUUGUGUUCUCCAGCCUGAUUGGCCAGAUGAGAGACGUCAUUGGUGCAGCAACGGCAGGCCAGACGUAUUUCCGGGCAUCAAUGGAUGGCUGUGUAGCUUACAUGAACACCUACACAAUUCCAAAGUAUGUCCAGAACAGAAUAAGAACCUGGUACAACUACACUUGGGAUUCUCAGGGGAUGCUUGAUGAGUCUGAGCUGUUGGAUAAGAUGCCUUUGGUGAUGAGAACUGCCAUUGCCGUGGAUAUCAAUUUAGCAACCUUCCAGAAGAUUGCUCUUUUUCAGGGCUGUGACCAACAGAUGUUAGUGGACAUGCUGCUGAGGCUCAAAUCUAUUAUUUAUCUUCCUGGAGAUUUUGUGGUGAAGAAAGGUGACAUCGGUAAAGAGAUGUACAUCAUUAAGAGUGGAGCAGUGCAAGUCGUGGGAGGACCUGACAACAGCAUUGUGUUUGUAACACUUAAGGCUGGCUCUGUAUUUGGUGAGAUCAGUUUGCUGCAGUCUGCAAAGGAUGGAGGUAACAGACGGACAGCAAAUGUCAAAGCAUAUGGCUUUGCUAAUCUUUUUGUUUUGGAAAAGAAGGAUUUGUUUGAUAUCCUGGUGCACUAUCCUGAAUCUCAGAAGGUGCUGGCCAGGAAGGGAAGGAAACUAAUCAAGGCCAAAGCUCCUGCAGGUACUAAAGAUGAGGAAAAGCCAAAAGGUCUGGCCAUGUUUGGUCCCAAACCACCAACACCAAAAAUAAUGAAAGCAUUUGCCAACUUGCGCAAACUUAAGAAACAACAAGAGGGCGAGUAA